AUGCGGUUCACUACCGGCUCCCUUUUGCUCCUCGAGCUGGCCACCACCGUGCUGGCCGUUCCAGAAAAAGCCGAGGCCGUCAAGCGCGCCUUCGAGAUCUCGUGGGAGGGCUACUACAACUACUCGUUCCCCCACGACACUCUGCACCCAGUGAGCAACGGGUUCGAGGAUGACCGGAACGGCUGGGGAGUGACGGUGGUGGAUGCUCUCUCGACGGCCAUUAUCAUGGGCGAGACGGGCAUCAUCCACCGGAUGCUGGAUCACAUCGCCAAGAUCGACUUCACCACCACGGCGAGGCCUGACGACCGGAUCUCGCUCUUCGAGACCAACAUCCGCUAUCUCGGCGGCCUAAUCUCUGGUUACGACCUGCUCAAGGGCCCGAUGAGGAACCUCAAACUUGACUCUCGCAAGGUGCAAACACUCCUGAAGCAGGCCGAGAGCCUCGCCGACACUCUCAGCUUUGCGUUUGACACUCCGAGCGGCAUCCCGGACUCGGCCGUCUUUCUCAAUCCUUCCAAACGCACCAGCGGCAGCAACGAGAACAGCCUCGCCGAGGCCGGCACGCUUGUGCUGGAGUGGACGCGGCUCAGCGACCUGACAGGCAACCCCAACCCCGAGCCCUGGCCCGGCCUGGUCGGCAAUACGUUGUCAACGGCGGACGGCAGCUUCCUGAACAGCGACGGCGGCUGGUCGGGCGGCACGGACAGCUUCUACGAGUAUCUCAUGAAGAUGUACCAGUACGACCCCGAGGCCUAUGGCGAAUACAAGGAGAGAUGGGUGCUGGCGGCGGACUCGACCAUGAAGCACCUGGCAUCGCACCCGACGAGUCGCAAGGACUUGACGUAUCUGUCACAGUUUUCUGGGCAGACCCUGGAUCCCGUUUCGACUCAUUUGGCAAGCUUCGCCGGAGGCAGCUUCAUCCUUGGCGGCGUUGUCCUGAACGAAGCCAAGUACAAGAAGUUUGGGCUCGAGCUGGCCGAGUCGUACUUUAACAAUUAUCGUCAGUCUCCCUCGGGCAUCGGGCCUGAGGUGUUUAGCUGGGUCGACGCGACGCUGCCCCGGGGAGGCGGCAACAACAACCCGCCCCAGUCGCAGCGCCAAUUUUACGAGAAGUCGGGCUUCUACACGACGGCGGGCUCGUACAUUCUGCGGCCCGAGACGCUUGAGAGCAUAUACUACGCGUACAGACUCACGGGCGACGACAAGUGGCAGAAAAUGGCGUGGCAGGCGUUUGGGAGCAUCAGCAAGGCGUGCCGGACGGGCAGCGGGUACGCGGAGCUCCGCGACGUGAUGCAGCCCGAUGGCGGGGGCUUCUACGACCAGAUGCAGAGCUUCUGGAUGGCCGAGACGCUCAAGUACCUGUACCUGAUAUUUGCGGACGAGUCCGAGGUGCAGCUGCAGCUGCAGGGCGGCGCCAAGAGCAAGUUUGUGUUCAACACCGAGGCGCAUCCCCUCCGGAUUCGCGGGUGA